AUGGGGUUGGCCGCGUUCGGGCUCUUCGACAAAGAAAAAGGAGAGGUGCAGUGCGGUGAGCAAGAGAUUCGGCCUUGCGUUGGGAGAGCGGAUCGAGGUUGACUUUGAAUGCUACGCGUACUCUUGAUCCGCCUCAAGACUCGCCACCUAUCCCGACAAGCCGACCGCCGACGCCAGCAGCAGGUGGACCGCCUCCUCCCUCGGCGAACAAAGAGCCCUUACUGAACGUGGCCAACUUGAGCUUCGGCACGAUUGCGUGAGCGGAGGGAAUUCAUGGCAAAGUGCAGAAUUGCGCGCCACGCUGCUCACCCUUGCGAAUCCCUACAUCGAUGGCCACAUGACCCGCAGAGGUCUUUGCUCUGGCGUCUUUGUCAAAAAGGGACUCAAAUUGUUGGCGGUGCUGCUGGGUGAGGGCAAAGCGUGCAGCGUACUUGGCGCGACAUGCAAGUCCACUUGCUCAUCGUCCCGUCACUCGUCCGCACAGGUGCCGCCUUUAUCCUUCUCCAAUAUCUCUCCACUCAACAUCUCAUCAGCGUAAAUUGGUCCGGCAUAGCUUCUCGUUACGAAAAAGCAGCCGAUCGAGCUGCUCAACAGACUGGCAAUCAGAACGCCCCCACAUCCUGGCGAGACUCUAGAUUGGCAAAAAUCUGGGGCAGGUUCAUCAAUUUCUUGACGACCGGAUUUCAGUGGAAAGCCAGCUUCAUUGCGGGCUUCGGUGUCGGGUUCAGGUACGGCUGA